UAGUAGUAACACCGACAGUGCCAUAAUGCUCAUUGUAAAAAAUCUAAUUUGUUUCUACCUCGUGUUAAAUUUAACCAAAACAUAUGAGAUCGGCAAUUCUUCUUUGAUCACUUUAAAACCUCCAGUCUCAGCAAAGAAACAUUGUACAGAGGAAGGUCGUGUUGUCAACUCUGAAGACACAACGUGUUCCACAUAUUAUUUCUGUUUACUUAAGAACAAAUCAUUUGUACAAAAAAAAUUUUCGUGUUCUUUGGGAACACUAUUUGAUUCUAACUUACGCGUAUGUAGUGCUUCUUAUAAAUGUUCUUCUACUGUCAUGCCAACUACUUUAAAUAACACGAUAUUAUCAAAUGUGUUAACAAAUUCCACAUUCUGCAUUUCUGAUAAAAAUUACACUGAAAAUUUUACAUGUUUUCAAAAAGGCAGAUUUGUAAAUCCAAGAGACCCAACUUGCACAACUUAUUUUCUUUGUUCCCUUCUUCGCAAUGGUUCUUUUAUUCAAACAAAAUAUUCUUGUCCAGUUGGAUCACUUUUUGAUCCGGAAUUACAACUGUGUAGUUUAUUAUAUCAAUGUCCGUGUUUUACAACACUAUCACCAACAUUUUCUACAACCACAAUUAAACUUCCAACAACUUCAACAUCCACGAUUUGCUUUGCUGAUCAAAAUAUUACGGAAAAUUUCACUUGCAAUGAAAAAGGAAGGUUUUUUAAUGUAAAAGACCUGAGUUGCACAACAUAUUUUUUAUGUUCACUGCUGCGUAAUGGUUCUUUUAUCCAAACAAAAUAUUCUUGUCCAAUUGGUUCAUUUUUUGAUCCAGAGCUACACUUAUGUAGUGAGCUCUACAACUGUCCUUGUUCGACCACUAGUGAGUUAGUUACUUCUUCUACUACAACUACUGAUUCAACAAAAUAUUCAAAUUUCACAACAACAUCUUCAUCAUCAGCUAUUUGUCUAACUGGUAUAAACAAGGAGGUAAAUUUUACAUGUUCUGAAAAAGGAAGAUUUGUAAAUCUAAAGGACCCGAGUUGCACAACAUAUUUUUUGUGCUCCUUGCUGCGCAAUGGUUCUUUUAUUCAAACAAAAUAUCCUUGUCCAAAAGGUUCGUUUUUUGACCCAGAACUACAUUUAUGUAGUGAACUCUACCAUUGUCCUUGUUCAACCACGAGUGAUUUGCAUAUUUCUUCUACUACGACAAAAUCGACAACUUCAUCGAUAAUCACUGAUUCAACAAAAUAUUCAAAUUCGACAACAUCAUCGGCAGUUUGUUUAGCUGACAUAUACAAGAAAGAAAAUUUUACAUGUUCCGAGAAAGGGAGAUUUGCAAAUCCAAAAGACCCGAGUUGCACAACAUAUUUUUUGUGUUCGUUGCUACGCAAUGGUUCACUUAUUCAAACGAAAUAUUCAUGCCCGGAUGGUGCAUUUUUUGAUCCAGAAUUACAUCUUUGCAAUGUUCUUUAUCAAUGUCCUUGUUCAGAAACAACAACUGAAAUGGCAAGUACAACACCUAGAAUUGAUCCUUGUAUUCCACCUGAAACAACGGACUUUACUUGUAGCGCAAAAGGAAGGUUUCCAAAUAAACUAGAUAUUUCAUGUACUAGUUAUUAUCUGUGUAAUUUAUUAAGAAAUGGAACUUUUGUGCAAACUAAAUAUUAUUGUCCUAGUGGUUCUCAUUUUGAUCCUCAUAUUCAUAUUUGCAACACUGUAUAUAAAUGUCCUUGUAACUUUUAAUUAAUAAAUUA